AUGUAACAUAAUCCCCGUGGCGGUAGGGAAAACAUUGACUUCUUUAUCUGGGAGGCUGAAAGCAGUAUGAGGAAAUGAUCCUGCCUUGCAAAGUAUUCAGAACCCCUGUCCCUUCGUGAAGAUAAAAAAUCUCAAAGAACAGGGGGGGGCUUGUAAGGUCAGAAUGUGGACUCACUUCAAAGGCACUCUGGACAUAGCCAACUGUUCCCAUCUUGUUUCCAGCCCACAUUAAAAGCUCGAUUCAGGGCACGUCACGGUUCUCUACUGGUCUCGCUGCUUUUACUGUACACUGCAACAGUUACUGGAACUGUGAGAGGGGAUCUUUCUUUUUAAAAGGAUUUGACGUUCAUCUCAACCAUGUUCGGAAAGAAGAAAAAGCGAGUCGAGAUCUCAGCACCUGUGAAUUUUGAGCACCGUGUUCACACUGGCUUCGAUCAGCAGGAGCAGAAGUUUACUGGGCUUCCCAGGCAAUGGGAGAGCCUCCUCGAAGACACUGCUAAACGUCCUAAACCACUGGUUGAUCCGUCGUACAUAACACCUAUUCAGCUUGCUCCGCGGAAGGCCAUUGUUCGAGGAAGUAAAAUUGGAAUCGAUGGCUCUCUGAAUUGGCUUCUGGAUGAAUUUGAGAAUGUUUCUGUAACCCGUUCCAACUCCCUGCGACGAGGAAGCCCACCUUCUCUACUCCGUCAAGAGCCCAUGCAGGAUGGAAUGCAAAAGAAUGGCAUGCACGAGACCCCUCCCAAGAGCACCUACCCCGCUGAACUGGACAGACGCCAUGACCACAAGGGGAGAGGUGAGAGGGUCAAGCAAGGAUCCCGGGAUGAGCGUGACCAAGGCAGGGACGACAGGCAAAAGAACCGGAAUGCUGAGCGGGCAGACAGCCGGGCACACCCACAGCAGCCCAGGGGGCAGGAGCCAAGCAGGACUGGGGGGAGUAGGCCCAAUCAUCAUAACAGCAGGGAGUCCCGGCCUGACCACCACAGGCACCCUGACAACAAGAGCAAACCUCACGACAAGACAGAUGGCAGGAGAGACCAGCCAGGUGAUCGGGAAGGAAACCAUGUUGGUUUCAGCGAGCCCACGAACUCUCAGGAACGGGCGUCGAGGCGAGAGAAACAGGAAAGCUCCGACAAGAGGCCAAAAUCCACACACACAGGCCAGACCAGCCCACAGUCUCCAAGGGACAAGCGACCCCUUUCUGGCCCAAACAUCCGUCCUCCCCAUGCUCCUGGUGGAGAUGGAGCUGUGAAGACUGCGCACCAGACCGGGAGGCCUUUCAACACGUACCCAAUGGCUGAGACAGGAGCAGGCAGAGGGAGCAGCAGUCAGGUUGAUCAUCGAGCAGGAAUGCCCCAUGAUGUCCGACACAAUGGGCCCAACCUGGCUUUGGGUCACGCGAGUAAAGCACAGCGCGGUCAGCACAGGCCAGGCCAUUCUGAGCCGCCACACCAGGCCUUGGUGCCUCAUUCCUCUGACACACACUUGCCACGUGUGGCACAGCCGAACUCUCCGGCUCCGUACCCAGCACAGCCCCAAGGACUCGAGUCGAAGUCACCCCACCGUGAGCCACAGCGGGUGUCCCACCAGCAGUUCAAGGCAGCUCUCCAGAUGGUGGUGGACCCUGGCGACCCAAGAACGUAUCUGGAAAACUUUAUUAAGAUUGGCGAAGGGUCGACAGGGAUUGUCUGCAUUGCCACGGUGAAGAGCACAGGCCAGCUGGUCGCUGUGAAGAAAAUGGACUUGCGGAAACAGCAGAGGCGAGAGCUGCUUUUCAAUGAGGUUGUGAUCAUGCGAGACUACCAUCAUGAAAAUGUUGUGGAAAUGUACAAUAGUUACCUGGUAGAUGACGAGCUGUGGGUGGUGAUGGAAUUCCUGGAAGGAGGGGCGCUAACUGACAUUGUAACGCAUACCAGGAUGAAUGAAGAACAGAUAGCAACCGUUUGUCUGUCUGUUCUGAAGGGGUUAGCUGUUCUACAUGCGCAGGGUGUGAUCCACAGAGACAUUAAGAGUGACUCCAUUCUCUUAACACACGAUGGAAGGGUGAAGCUUUCAGACUUUGGAUUCUGUGCCCAGGUAUCGAAAGAUGUACCAAGACGCAAGUCACUGGUGGGCACUCCUUACUGGAUGGCACCAGAGUUAAUCUCUCGGUUGCCGUAUGGACCUGAGGUGGAUAUCUGGUCUUUGGGUAUCAUGGUAAUUGAAAUGGUCGAUGGGGAACCUCCAUAUUUCAAUGAACCUCCUCUGAAGGCCAUGAAAAUGAUACGGGACAAUCUGCCGCCCAAACUGAAGAAUGGCCAAAAGGUUUCUCCCUUGUUAAAAGGCUUUCUGGACCGGCUGUUGGUACGAGACCCCGCCCAGAGGGCAGUGGCUUCCGAAUUACUGAAACACCCCUUCCUGAGCAAGGCCGGGCUUCCGUCCUGCAUUGUACUACUGAUGAGAGCAAAUCGGAUAAAGUGAGAGAAUUCACAAGUUGCUGGACGCGGCAUUGGGAGAGAAACAGAAAGAAUCUGAUUUAAAACUUUCGAAACUUAUAUCUCAUAAAUAAAUCAUUUGGCAUUUAUGUGAACAGGGUAAUUUCCUGUCUGAGUAGUGGGCCUGAGAGAUUCGCUUUCUACCCCUGGCAAAUUGUUGCCUCAGCAACCACCCAUUUCAACUGGAUCUUCUGACUCUGAACUUUGACACUACUGUUUUCAAGGGGGUUAGAACCACAAAGGAAUAUGAAUACUACUGAACUCCAAGACUUUUGAUUUAUAAAGUGUAACUUAAAGAGACCGCUUAAAGAGAGUUGAUUUAAUGUAGCUUGAACACAGAACAACUAAGAGGAUCUACACUGGAAUUGAUUACUUCCUCCAAAUCAUGAGCUGAUUUUAAACACUGUUAGAUAUAGUGGCUGUACCAGUAUGGAGCAUGCAUCGGGAUUCAGUAUGUGUGUGUGU